GAGAAAAAGGCACAGCGCUUAUGUGCUAUGUGUGUUAUGUAGUUCAUGUCCGCAAGCGUCUCGUAGCAGUUGUAGCUAUGGCGUGUUUAAGUCCGAGUAGGCUCUGUGCUCGUGUUCAAGAUAAGUUAAUGUGUCAAUUUGGACAUAAAGUUCGAAGGCAAACUGUAUUUGUGAAACUCAAACCUCCAGGACCAACUCCAUUGCGGAUAUUUGGACGAACAUGUCAGCGUGUGACUACAUGCGGUCCGGCAUGCGGGUCGGCAGGUAUGGGUCCGGCAGCGGCGGGCGCGGUGCGGCGUCUAGCCUCCAGUCUGCAGAGCACCAGCACAGGCUCGCUGCCCGACUAUGGCACACAGAUCGUCGACCCCUAUCGCCUGCUAGAAGACGACCUCAACGGCAUCUAUGAGGACAUAAGAUCGGAACUGGAACGAAACACAAACCAAGCGGAACUGAACACCAUAGCUACAUACUACUUCGACGGACAGGGCAAGGCGCUCAGGCCGAUGGUCGCUAUACUAAUGGCGCGAGCUGUCAACUACCACGUCUACGGCGAAAACAGUGCACUGCUGCCGUCACAGCGGCAAGUUGCGAUGAUCAGCGAGAUGAUCCACUCGGCGUCACUCAUCCACGAUGACGUCAUCGACCAGAGCGACUUCCGGCGCGGAAAACCCUCAGUCAACGUGCUCUGGAAUCAUAAGAAGGUGGCGAUGGCCGGCGACUUCAUCCUCGCCGUGGCGUCGAUGAUGAUAGCUCGCUUGCGCAGUGAUGAAGUCACGCUCGUACUUAGCCAGGUGGUGACGGACCUGGUGCAGGGCGAGUUCAUGCAGCUCGGUAGCAAGGAGACUGAGAACGAGCGGUUCGCGCACUACCUCACCAAGACAUACCGCAAGACCGCCUCGCUCAUCGCCAACUCUGUCAAAGCGGUGGCGCUGCUGAGCGGCGCGGACGAGGCGACGAGCGAGCUGGCGUUCCAGUACGGGCGCAACCUCGGACUGUCGUUCCAGCUGGUGGACGACUUGCUGGACUUCGUAUCCUCUGCGCAGGCCAUGGGCAAGCCCACAGCCGCCGAUCUGCGCCUCGGCCUCGCCACUGCCCCCGUACUAUUCGCUUGCGAAAAAUAUCCAGAACUGAACCCGAUGAUAAUGAGGCGAUUCCAAGAGGCGGGCGACGUGGAGAAGGCGUUCGAGCUGGUGCACAAGUCGCGCGGGCUGGAGCAGACGCGGUUCCUGGCGCGCAAGCACGGCGUGGAGGCGGCGCGCCUCGCCGCGGACCUCACCGACUCGCCCUACCAGAAGGCCCUCGUCGUCACCACCGACCUCGUGCUCAACAGGAUCAAGUAGCCUCACUAAAUAAACCUAUAGAAAGGCAUCCAAAGUUCUAGCACUCGCUCACAUGAGCGACGCAACAUCGAGAGUCUGAAAGCCCGCUGUUGGUUAUAGUAUAGAAUGAAUGCGAACAUUCUAUAUAGAGUCCCGCGAUAUAAUAUCGCGUUAGAAACGUGUUACAAUUAAACGGGUCGGCUCCCGAAUUUUCCAAAUACUCUUUGGUUUAUAUAAUAGAAUGUCUCUUAUAUGCACUCCUAAGAGUAUUUAGAAAUGAACGCAUGACCUUUAUCGUUGAAUAAAGGAAUAUAAAAAUUGUGAAUUUUGGAUACUUUUUUUGUCGUAGUUGAAGUAUAGCUAGGUUUGUUUGUAUUAAUGUUUGCGUGUUAGAGCUCAGUCACUAGUGAUGAAGACUUUGUGAUCGUGCGGCUUGUGUGUCUGUUUGCGUGUGCGUGAGUUACAUGACGAUAUGUUAUCGUACAUAUUUUACGACAAGUUAAAUGUGCCCAAGAAUUAUAAUCUAUAUACACACAUAUGUAGACUAGUAUAUUGAUAUAUUUAAAAAUUAAAAUAUUUAUAUAAAGAUAUAGUAUAUUUUUUUUUCUUUAUUUGCUUUUCAUAUCUUUUUGUGUGACCUGAUUUAUGUUAAGUUAUCGUUUGAAAGUAUCAACGUAAAGUGUUACGCAAAUGUCGGCAUAGUGUAAGCGUGUGUGACUCCUCGUUACCAAAUACCGCUGCGUGCGCGUGCGCAUGCGCAUGUGCGUGCGCAUGUGCGUGCGCAUGUGUGUGCGCAUGUGCGUGCACAACGUACGCACAAGAACGAGCUAAUACUUCGAAUGUAUAUAGACGAUAAAUUUAUGUCCAUUCUAUCUCUCUAUAUUGUUUUGUGCAAUUUUUCCGCUUAGUUUUAGUUCUAGUGAUGUACCUGUAAUGAAAAUUUAACAAACCGUUGUAAACAUUAUGAACAAUAAUUCCAUUUCGAGUUCCCUUUCCAAAAUGUACUCUGUAAAUACUGGAAGUCAUUGGGCUAGUUACCCGAUGUAUCUUCAUGAACCAAUUACCUCAAUUUCUUUAGUAUACAAAUAACACAAUGUGUUCUAUGUAUUGUUCUUUUUGAUAGUAUUAAAUUCUUA